UUUUAUAAUUAAAAAAAUAUAUGUAUACUGCAUUGCUAUAUAUAGUCUAUAUACAAUAUGUGCUUUAUUUAUUAAUUUUUUCUGCAUAGAUACUAAGGUAGUUUCUCUGCUUAUUUUUUUCAUAAUAGCAUCAACUACAUCGCAAGGGGGAAGGCAAUCAGCAGGUAAGAUUGUUCUUCACUAUCAUACGGCAAUUACAGUUCUACAAAAAUUCGUUUUAUGGUAUAAUAUUGAGGUUCAAUUGUUAGUAUCCUACAAUCUAAUACUUAUCAAAUGAGUAAGCACCCUGUAUGAAGUCAGAAGAAGCGAGUUUAAGCUUUCCCUAAAUAUAGACAUAGCACAUGAUAAAUCUUAUAUCAUGUUUUAUUGCUGCAGGCAGAGUGUAGGUAUUUUAAGUUUUGUAUUUUGCUCCUUUUAAAUACUUCUGCCUGACAUUAUCACUUAUUCAAUCAUUACUUUCAAACAAACACAUCGAAAAAGUGUUUAACAAUUGGUGAAGUUUUUACUUGUCCACUCAAUAGAUAGCUAAAGAUGUUUUUAUUAUUCAUUAUUUUUACUGGUCUACAUAGCAAUACUUGCCAUUUUGACGGGUAAUUUUCGUGUGUACUGUGUAUUUGUACAGUAUAAAAUUACAGCUUUAAAUGUGCUUUUAUUUAUUCCAUAUUUUAACAGCGAUUGUUUCGUAUAUUCGAUUAUAGUUUUAACUAAUAAGCUGCAUGCGCAUUGUACGUAUUUCCCUUGUUAACAAACUCAAUGCUUUACCGCAUCUUCCUUUAAGUGUUAGUUUAGCAGUGUUGUACAAAUUAGUUAUUUAAAUUUAACUCUGUUGACAGCUUCAAUGGUAGGCGAUUCUAAAGGAAAAGGCAAGGAUAAAGGGAAGUCAAAGAAAGGCAAGGGAGAUGCUCCUGAUGCAGAGACACCUGAUCAUCAAGAAGUCGUAAGUCCCCUUUUAGAUGAAAGUGAACGUCUGGAUGGAAAAAUACUUUUAGUUGGCAACAGAAACUUGAUAAACCUAAAUUUAUCUCAUAAUGAAAUAACUGAGAUUGGUUUGAAGGAGCUAGAUAAUGCUCUUGGUUUUCAAAUAUCUCAUACAAUUUUGGCGGACAAAAAAUUAGGAAAUCAAGGCUUAAUGAGAUUAUGCAUCCAGAAAAAUAACAUACCUUCUGAUAACGAGUAUGUUCUGAAGAUAAAACAAAAAAUGAUAUCUCGUGAUCCUUUCUUCAAGCAACAAAAAUCGCCAGAUGAAGAAUCAACUGGUCAGAGGUCUGCAAGCAAAGUUUCUGACAAGUCAAAGUGAAAAAGAAAGAGCAAAGAGGAAAUUCCAGUAAUAUAUGUUUAUUAAACUGAACAGUUUAUGCAAGUUGAUGCGAAAAAUGAAAUUUUUCUAAUUCAUUUAGUAAAAUUCUUUAAAAAUCAAUGAAAUUUUGCAAAGGAGAUAUGAUAUACGAGUUAAAUCAACUAUCUACACUUUAAUAUUUAAAUGAACUAAUUUAUAGGAAUAUCUUUUGGAAUUUUCACAGCAGCUAAAAUCUUGGUAUAACAGAACUUAUACACUUUGUAACUGCUUUCGUUUUCUUAGAAAACGACAUGGAGAUAUAUACUCUUUUCCAAACUCCUCUCCCUCUUCUAGGGUUUCUGGCAGUUUAGUUCCCAGGGUCUCCGGUAAAAGUAAGACUAUGCUUCCUGCCAACAAGCCACACGAGCCAAAGACAAUUAAAGCAAUACGUGCACUAAACAUUGCAACAAAUGGUGCUAAUAAACCGCCUAUCCUGGCAAAUACUGAUCCGAAACCCACGCCUACAUUUCGAACAACGGUGGGCAUUAAUUCAGCAGUGUACAUAUAUGAUAUUGCAAAUCCUGAUGAACCACCUAAAGUUCCAAGUUGAGCCAGAACAAUUAUUACUAUAAAAUAGCGUGAUGGUAAAAUGAUAGCCAUAAAGCACAUGAUGGAAGAGAAUAAUAAUGAAAUGGACAUAGACAACCUUCUGCCAAUUCGAUUUAGAACCAAACAAGCUAAAGCAGGACCAAUCAUAUCCAUUAUACCAGUUAGAGUUACGCUUACAUACGGACUAACUUUCAUCUCAGAAGAGGCCAAACUUAAACCAUAAAAAGUAAAAGAGCAUGUAAACCAUUGAAAACAAAUAUUCAUUGUUUUUUUCCUCAUAUUAGGAGUUUUAAAUAGGUCACGAAAGUCAUAAUGUCUUCUUUCGUAUCCAUUUUUUGAAUUUUGAACUUCUUGUUCAGCCAUUUUUUCAUCCUUGUCAAGGUCUUUUUCUGAAUUCUUCAGUGUUUGAUAUUCAACUAACUUUUCGAGAACUGAAUCAUCGUAUUGUUUCCCGUUCAUUGAUGAAAUAUCUUUAAAUGUUUUAACUAGUUCGUCAACUUUGUUUACACCUAAUAGCCACCUCGGAGAUUCAUUAAGUAGAAAAUAGUAAGAAAUAAAAACUAAUGGUGCUAAUGAGGUUAUAAGCUGUAAUUUCCAAUAGUUUUUCACAACAAAAGCUAAACCGGCUAUUAACGCACAGCUAGAUGCAAAGAAAAAUUCAAACAUCAUAGCUGUUGGCAUUCUAUAGUUCUUUCCAAUAGGUUCUAGUGCUGCAAAAUUAUUAUCAUAUUAACUUUUUGAAGAAAAAACUGUUUAAGUACUAACCCCAAACAUAUCCAAUAGUUAAUGUUCCUCCUGUAGAAAUACCCACAACUAAACGAGCAAAAGAAAAAGUCCAAUAAUCUGGAGCGAACGCAGCCACAGUUCCCGAUAUACAAAGUAAAAUGGUUGCUGAUAGAUGACCUUUUUUACGUCCAACCUUGUCACUAACUUGUCCAAAAAUAAAGGCUCCAAGCAGAAAUCCAGUCAUAUAAAUAGAUUGGGCAGUUGCUCUUAGAUAGUUGUUUUGACAAACCAAAUUCCACUAAAAAAUAUUUUGUUAAAGUUUCCUCAUUAUUACUAAGCAAUUCAUGAGCUUGAUACAGGAUAUCUAAGCCUAAUUUUGAAAAUAUUUUAGUUUCGAUUAUAUUUAAGUAGAAAUGUUUGAAGGUUUAAGAGUAAACAGUUAAAGUUGCAGAAAAGUAAAUUUUCCAACAUGUCUGUACACAUUUUUGUUAGCAAUUUUUAACAAAAAGAGUUAAUGCGGAGAACUCUAGUACCAAUGAAAUCCCCAGAAUAUGUAAUUGAACUUAAUCAAUGAAGAAAAACGUUAUUGUUUUAAAAAUAUGUUAUGUUUUGCCUUCUUUUAAUACCGAAAUAAUAAAGAUUCUUAAUUUCAACCUAAAGUUGAUAUAAAUUUGUCCGAUUAGACAACAGAGGUUAAGGACCUUUCGUCAGAAUUACAUAACUUGUUAUUUUACUGCAGACAUUUAGCAAAAAAAUCAAAAUAUUCGACUUUUGAGUCCAAUGACCUAUUUUAAGAAGUAUCUGUAACUGAUGACAUAAAAUUUGCCGUACUUAAAAAAAAAUUACAAAAAGAAUAUUAAGUAGUUUCCUUUACAAUUGGAAAGCCUUAAUUAAAUAAACCUAAUAGUAGUUGAGAAAUUAAUUUUUUAUUAACUUGGUUCAUGUGACACUACAAAAAUAUAAUAAUUGAUAUGAUAUCGUUUAAUGGCCUAGUUUCGAAUGAGCAAGUUAUCCUACAAAAAUUUGUGCAUAAAACUUCCAUUCUAUAUAACGCUAAUUGGAAUAAACCAGGUUAUGAUUUGAAAUACACAUUUAAGAAUAGGCUGGCCAAAAGGAUGUUCAUCUAACCUCGGUUAUCAUAUUUUCUCCAUAUUCCAUGGAAUAAUUCCAUGAGCGACAUCUAUUUUCGGAUCCAUUUACUUGCUGUGUACAUUUGUCUCUUGAAGAAAUAUUCCAACCCGGUUCACUACAAAUGAAUUCAGGAACAACAGCAUGGAAGACAUUUAUGAGAGCAUGAACACUGGUAACUGUUGUCGCUAUUCCUAAUAUGCAGACUGGCGCUGUUCAAUUCGGAAAAAAAUAUACAGCUUAUGAUGUUUAAACUAGAGACAGUCUAUUAUGCUUGUUUCAAGCAUGCUCCGGACGUAGAGGUUUGAAGAGUGGAUGUCUUCAUAAUCGAUUUCGAUACGAAGUUCGCCGAUAACAAAUAAAAGCUUCGAACAAAAAAAUCGAUUUAGAAAGGUGGAACAAAUCACUGGCUUCUUUCUGCUGUAAUCCUUCUCGUAUCGCAUAUGAAGCGAUUCAAUCGAAAUAUUAUCGGCUAUACCCGAUUACAAAGCAAGGUUAAGCUGUUGGAAAAAAUUUAUAACGAUGCUUAAUGGUUGACACAUUAUGAGUAAACUCUAACGCUCUCAGAUAUUUAAAUAAAUUGCAACUAACAAUUAUUUUAAUUUUCCUUUUAAUUAAUUCAACAGUUUAGGAUCUUUAAGAGAGGUCUUGCACAACUAAAAUGUAUCAAAGGACAGCUUUGUUUUAAUUAAUUUUUUACUGCUUAUUCAACGUUGUUCUAUACUUUGAUUGUAGUAUAAUCUAUUAUAUUUCAAGUGUCUUUUUCAAGAACAUCAAUUUCAAGGUCAAUGUUAUUUAAGGUCUUAAAAAUCAUACUGCUGUUUCACUUAUUCAAAUUUUUUACUUUAAAAAUUUAAUUCUAGAGGAGGAGAUAUAGCAUAAGUUAUUUCCUCAAAUGUGACAAUUAUAUGAAAUUUAUUGUAUACUGUGGACUUAGGUAAUUCAAAUUUUUAUCACUGGAUUUAACACUGACCGCUGGACUUACUUAUCUUAUCUGAAAUUGAAUCUAUAAAAAGAAAAAGCAGUUACUUGUCUCUAAAAUAUAUUGAAGUAUGAAGAGUUGAUUUAUAAUUAUAAUACAAUUAAUGUAUUUUUUAUAGUUAAAAUUAAGUAACAAAUGGGUUUUCCUAAAUAUAAUAUGUGAAUCAUUCAUAUUUUAAUAACAAUAAUAAUUAUUGCAAAUACC